AAAUAAUCAACCCACUACUAUUCUCUCCCAUUGUUCUCUGCUUCCAUCAUCAUCGGCUUCUUCUUCACAAACAUGCGAGCAAAAUUAACAAACGCAGUGUUUUCAUAUCUGCGCCAAAGGAGACUCCUUUCUUCCAUUCUCCCAAUUACCAAUCUUUCCUCUCCAUCUUUGAACCCUAACUGGGUCUCUCUUUUCUGCACUUUACCCUCCAAUGUUUCCACUUGUGAACCUCAUUCCGCCGAAGAAAAUGGUAAAGGAACCAGCUUAAGCUGGAGGAUCGAAAGCCUACCGAGAGGCGAACCGGUCGGGUCCGCUUUCAGGAGUUGGAUGGGUGAUGGGUUUCCCGUCCGGAGCGCCGAUAUCUUUCACUCCGUCAAUCGCCUGCGUAAGAUGAAGGCCAACAAACGAGCCCUCGAGGUUAUGGAAUGGGUGAUAAGAGAAAGGCCUUACAAAUUGAAAGAACUUGACUACUCUUUUCUACUUGAAUUCACAAUCAAAAUUCAUGGUCCAUCUCAAGGUGACAAGAUAUUCAACAAUGUCCCAUCCGAAUUCCAAAACGAGUUACUCUACAACAAUCUCGUCAUAUCUUACUUAGAAAAAGGCCUUGUGAAACUCUCGCUCGCUUACAUGAAAAAAAUGAGAGAGCUCGGCCAUACCAUCUCACACAUUGUCUUCAACCGUCUCAUUAUCCUCCAUUCGUCUCUGAAACGAAGAAAACACAUCCCAAGAUUCCUCGCGCAAAUGAAAUCUAGCGGCGUCCAUCCUCACGUCUCCACAUUCAACAUCCUAAUGAAAAUGGAAGCCAAUGACCAUAAUCUCGAAGGGCUGGCAAGGGCAUUCGACAAAAUGAAACAAGCAAAAGUCGAGCCCAAUGAAGUCUCGUUCUGCAUAUUGGCAACUGCAUAUUCCGUUGCAAGGCUGUAUACUGUAUCUGAAGCCUAUGUUGAAUCAAUCGAGAGUUCAAAAACCGGAAAUAAUUGGUCCACUUACGAUAUCCUUCUCAUGUUGUAUGGAUAUUUGGGGAAAUUGAAGGAUUUGGAAAGAACUUGGGGUAUCAUACAAGAGUUUCCUAAUAUAAAGUCCAAGAGUUACAUAUUAGGAAUUGAAGCAUUUGGAAGAAUCGGAGAAUUAACCAAAGCAGAGGACCUUUGGCUGGAAAUGAAGGCCAAGAAGGGACUAAAGUUGAUCGAUCAAUACAAUGCGAUGAUAUCUGUGUAUUGCAAACACGGGCUCGUUACUAAAGCAACUAAGUUAUAUAGAGAAAUCGAGGAAACCGGGUGCAAACCUAACGCGAUAACUUUUCGUCAUCUUGCUCUGGGGUGUUUGAGAGGUGGAUUGCUGAAGGAAACGGUGAAAACCCUAGAGAUUGGGAUGGGUUUUUUGGUAAUUUCAAAGAUCAGGAAAUCAACGCCGUGGCUGCAGACUACUUUCUCUAUAAUGGAAAUCUUUGCGGAGAAUGGGGAUGUGGAGAAUGCUAACAAGUGCAUCGAAGAACUGAAGUAUGCAAAUUAUACUAGGUAUAGUUUUGUUUACAAUACAUUGAUUAAGGCUUAUGUGAAGGGUAAGGUUUAUAAUUCACAUCUUUUGAAGAGGAUGAUUCUUGGAGGAGCUAGGCCUGAUUCUGAGACCUAUGCCCUCUUGAAACUUGUAGACCAAUUUCAAACAUAGCCAAAAGUCUAGAUUUCAUUUUCAAUAAAUGCUGAAUCUCACUUGCCAAAAGACUUUGUUAUUGUUUAUUGAACAAAGACUAGAAGUAGAAGAAGAAUAAGCAGAUAAGUAGUUUCUAUUGGAUGUGAUUGAUGAAUUCUGAAGCAGUAGCGAUUGCGCCUCCAGUGAUGGCAUCCUUAAUAAUAUGGUCUCCGGAUUUGUUGCUUGCCACCGAUAUGAGCGCCCCUGUCAAUGCACCUCCGAUCAUUGCGUUCUUCUGAAAGAUGAGCAAGGUACGACUUAACUUACUUAUAUGUAACAAAGAAUUGCAUUCAACUUUGUACUUUUAUGAUGUGAAAUAAUGUUCUGAAAAAAUGAUUUAUAUGC